CUUAUUUAGCAAAUGGUGUUUGCAAAAAACAUCCACAGGAGAAAAUAAAUUAUAUUUUUUUUCUGCCCUCCACACGAUCUAUAAAAAAUAAGUUCACUAAAGCAAGCUAUAAAAAGUCAUGUCUAAGAUAUGCUACUAUUCUUUAUGUCGGGGCACUGCGCAAGACAAACAAGCUUUUGAACACAUUUCUAUUAAAGCAUUUGAAAUCUACUCAUGCAUGAUUUUCUUUGAUAUUAAACAUUUGUUCCUGUUGUCUUACUGAACUCUGAUCUUCCAAGUCAUCUGGUGUUCAGUUUAAAUAUUGAAUUAGUGCCCUGAUUCCUAAGUAUUUUUAAAUGGGGCCCACUGAAAUACCAGGUUUAAAACCAAUACAGUAAAGUAGUAUCUUUUUACAUGUGGACACAUUUGGAUAGGAAUGGUAAUCACAUGGAGAGCUAACUAUUAAGUGAUACCCAGACAGUUGGUAUGUCAUGUUCCACAAGAUACUGGCCCCAAACAUUGAGAUUUUUCGAGAAAAGCUAGUUUUUAAGGCCCCUGCAUGUCUACGGCCUGUUUAGGUAGGCACGAGGGUCUUCGAUCCGUAACUGCGACUUUGAAACGCUACGAUUUCUAGGCUAGCUUUAGGUUUACGAAGGAUCACAAAUUCAAAAGCAUGCAAAUCACAUAGAAUGCUAGAAUAGAUAAAUAAACACUAUUUUGAACAAUCGUAGUGCCUUUCCUUGCUAGUUAUUUCUCACGUUAAUGGUAGGCGAAUAUUUUUGAAACUCUAACAUUACCCUUUCCUAUACUUUAACACUGAUUGCACUGUAAAUUCUCCAUAGUAAUAACCACAUCACGUGACCGGCUGUUAACAAACCUUGCGGCAUGUAUCAAUUGUUGGUUCUUUGUUAGCAAACCAACCAAUAAUAAGUACCAGUAGUUUCAGAAUUAAACAUGCAUUUAUAUUCAUGAUUUUGAGGCAGUAGGAGGGUUUCAGAUUGAAUGAUUCAUAGACACACCUGAUCAAAACCAUGCUGUCAUUUUUAAGUGGUCAGAGCGUGGCAGAGGAGCAGCUCAUCUUCUGGAUGGCAGUAGUUAUGGCAUUUCUGGCCAUCUUUGCUGUCUUUUUACUCCAGUUUAAGAAGGCAACAUAUGGUCGCUAUAGUGAUCCUGCACAUGGAAAGACUAUUAAUGUAAAAGUUGCCUGGGUUUUGCAAGAAUCUCCAGCAGUCCUGAUUCCGUUGACGCUUCUGCUGUUCACAGACAGUGUCCAGACAAAAACUACAGUUAACAUUAUCCUGUGUGGCCUCUUCAUUCUUCAUUAUAUGCAAAGAACGCUAAUCUUCCCGUGUUUGAUCCGUGGCGGAAAGGACACACCAAGGUCAAUCUUUGUUAUUGCCAUAUUUUUUUGCAUCUGUAAUGGAUAUAUGCAGGGACGUUACCUUACACAAUAUGCUGAGUACCCCAGUAAUUGGAUAUCCGAUUAUAGGUUUUUAUUUGCAUCAUGGAAGAUGUUCCAAGCAUCAUGUCCAACUGUCAAGCAUCAUGGGGAAAGUCCCAAGUGUCAUGGUACCAUGAUGCUUGAAGGGCCUGGGGAGAACACUGCAUAUUUUGUUGAAACGCUAAUCUUCCCGUGUUUGAUCCGUGGCGGAAAGGACACACCAAGGUCAAUCUUUGUUAUUGCCAUAUCUUUUUGCAUCUGUAAUGGAUAUAUGCAGGGACGUUACCUUACACAAUAUGCUGAGUACCCCAGCAAUUGGAUAUCCGAUUAUAGGUUUUUAUUUGGUGUUUGUCUGUUCUUUAUUGGAAUGUUCAUCAAUUUACACUCGGAUUACAUUCUUAGAAAUUUGCGGAAACCUGGCGAGACUGGCUACAAAAUACCAAAAGGUGGUAUGUUUAAUUAUAUAUCGGGUGCAAACUUUUUUGGAGAGAUCGUGGAAUGGUUGGGGUUUGCAAUAGCUGUAUGGUCAUUUACUGCAUUUUCUUUCUUUCUCUUUACUUUGUGCAACAUUGGACCAAGGGCAUGCCACCACCAUCAGUAUUAUCGUAAAAAGUUUGAUGAUUAUCCCAAGUCAAGAAAAGCUGUAAUUCCAUUUAUUCUGUAAAGUAAUAUUGAAUACAACAUGGCUGUAAGAGCCCUGUCGUGGAAUGAUGUGGACGUGUAGCUACUAGGUGCCUCUCUAAGACUGCUAAAUGUCACGGAACAUACCCAUACGUAAUUCAGCGCAAGGACAUUGCAAGUUAUGUCAGAUAAUUAGCAUAUUAUCCCAGAUUAUUCGUCUCGCACUUAAAACACACAAAGUACAACUUUAUGCAAAUAGCAACUUCUGAUGUCCUAGAUUUUUUUUAAACCUGAAUUUCAAAUUUUAUGUAAUAUUUCUACCCAUAAUAUUUACUAGAGAAAAUUUAAGAAUGUCGAAAAAAGUAAUUAAACUAUAUAUUCAUGUUGAUUUUAACUGUUAUUAGAAUUAUUAUGAUAAUAUGCAUUAAUUUAUAGAGAUUAUCAGUUUUUUUUUAAGUUUCAUUUAGCAACAAAUAAUGUACAGUACUCGCAAUGCUGGUAGUGCAUUCUUGGUUAUAAAUAUGGUCCUGAGUAUAGACAAUUCCUACUGCUUUUGUGAUGCAAAUAUAUUUAAUGCAAUUUUUAGCCAAGUACCGUUAAUGUUACAUUAUGCACCUCUCUCAGUUAUGUGUUGCACAUUAAGUGCCGCAUGAGAGGUGAAUUUUUCACUAAGUACCAACUUCGAAUAAACGCAUGGUUGUUUAUAUAGGGUAUUCUAUUUUGGAAAACAUCUUCGCACUUAAUCAAGGUUGCAAGUUGUCCUGUUGUGCAGUACAUGAUACCUUUAGUAUUACAAUAUUGUAUUUUACAAAAAAAAGUCGCUCUUGAUUGAUGCCCUCAAAAAUGUUAUUUGCGCCACAGUACUUUUUGGAACAUUUAUGGUAAACAUGUAUUCAUGUCAAGUUUGAUGAUUUUAAAGAAAUUGACAAUACUUUUAUUAUAUAUUUUGCUGUGUUUGUGCAAUUUAAUUAUAGCAGAUAUUGGGCCUUGAUGGCACUUGUAGCAUUGAAUAAAAUUGAGUAUGCUUAUCGGUCGUAUGCAAGUUUUAUUAGCUUACUAAAGUUUAAGUUGUGGUGUUUAUUCCUGGAAUUACAUGAACGCAUGGCAUAUCAAGGGUGUACAUGGGGCACUUGCUCCCCAAAAUGACCUUGCAUCCCUCCCCCAUUAACGCAUCCUAGAAAAGUACUCCCCAAGGAAAUUGAGGAUGAACAUUUAUACUGUAAUUAUUUUAAUGUAUUUAUAUGUAUUAUUAUCAUUACAGUAUUAUUUAUAUUUUCAGCUGAAAAUGUUCCCGAUUAAUUUAAGGGGAAUGUCUUUGUGAAUAUGAGUACUAUAUAAAAAUACAAGAAUUCAUUAUUAAUUAUGAAAAUGAUAAUAGGCCCUAUUGAUUAUGCCUAUACCAAAUGUCUUGCAUAUUGUCUUGUAUUGAUGUUGUAAAAGCAAC